AUGUGUGACUCCUCGCCUUCAUCUUGUGUCGACAAGGCCAGUCGAUGGGAGCUCUCUUCAAGCACUUCGUCGCCACGAUCAGACUCUUCUACCAACCCGAACCACAGCUUGUUCUCUUCGCCUGACUCUCCUGCUGAGACGGAGAUGUCUCUACCUAGCCUUGGACCUCAAGACUCUCAGAAGUCUCCCAUCAAUGGACAGCCUCAAUUUGUUGUCAUGCCCAGUUUUGCAAAUCACAUCAUUGGCGGGCAGCAAGCAUACACCCCAGGUCAAAUCCGGGCGAUGCGCGAUACUCUUCUUCAAGCACGACACACGGGAGAGUUCCCCAAGACAACAUCUUCAUCAGAAGAUGCCCAAACCAUUGUGGAGGACUACCGGCUUCUCAAACGUCUUCGCGAUGUACGAGGCGAUCCCAUGCAGCCACCGCCACAAGCAUACAACAUCCUCAAGGUUGACAUUGCUCGUCGCAUCAAGGCCCGCGAUGAAGCCCAACAAGGUGAAUCCAACCUUGAAGAGAUUGACCAUCGGGUACAAGGCUGGAUGAACUCAAUCAACAAGGAAGCCCGCAUGUUGGAGAUUACGCAGGCGGCACUUCAGCGCAAGGGCAUCAACAACCCCACGCAAGACGACUUGGACGCCAUCGCCGAAGAGUUCAUGCAGAUUGCGGAGCGCACACUUCUCGACGUCGCCAACCCCCUGCGAAUGAACGCCUCGCGAAUGGAGGGCAACAUCAGUCGCUUCGACAGCCAGCUGAGUGGCAUGACGUCUCGGAUCAAUGGCUUGUCAUCCCUUGAUGAAGCAAUGACGGCGCAGAUCAACACUCUCAAUUCAGUCAUGACCUCACAGGUCAACACCCUGAGCACUAUGCUGAGUUCGCAGAGCAACACCUUCAAUGGAUCAGCCAACAUGCUCAACACAGCACUGAACACCGUCUCAGCGGACUUGCACCAACUCACAUCCAACCUUCCGGCCUUGAUUGCCACGGCAGUUCAGGCCGCAGUCCGAGAACAGCUUUCUUCUUUCUCCAAUCAACACGAUGUCAACUCGCAGCAUCGAGUGAACUUUGAACAGCCACCUGGUUAUACCACAGUGAAGCGGUCGCAACAAAACCAGCAGGCUGGUAGAGAGACUUUCACCGCAUUCACAUACCCGGUGGCCUCGAAGACUCAAGUAUCGGAACAGCAACACUAUGAACAGACUUCUCACCUGAGCAAACCACCGAAAGAGUCGAAACUCAAUAAGUUAUUGCGGUGCAUCAUGGGAAAGGGGAGGUCGGCGAGAAAGGAGGAUCACGAGAGAGCAAACUCAGCAUGA